GUUUGAAUGAAUAUAACUCAGGAAACAGCAUCGAACAGCAGAUGGCAGCAUUGUAUAACAACAUAACAUAACGCAGUGACAAACACACACCGUGCCAGUUUCCUCUGUAGAAGCAUCUCCAUGGUAUUCACUCACUCAGUAUCUCUGGGUUUGGCUGGCAGAGGAGCUCAACUCUUCUUCAUAGACAGACUCACAGGCUGAUGCUUAAUCCGUUUCAUCAAUGUGUAUGGUCAUAUUUGCUCCGCUUUUUGCUGUUUUAGCAUUUGCAACAUGUGGGGGAUAUUCUGGCCAGAUAAUGGUUAAAGUAGAAUGUUUGAACAAAACCCAAAGCAACAUCAGCAUCAGCUUCAACUACCCAUUCCGACUCCAACAGGUACACUUCAGUGCUCCUCUGUGUGAAGGAACCAGGAAAGAGACUCUCUUUCUCGAGGGGGAUAAUGCUUCAUCUGCACAGUUCUUCGUCACUGUGUCGGUCCUAGCUUUUCUCUAUUCCCUUUUGGCCACAGUUGUUUACUUCUUCUACCAGAACAAAUACAGAGAGAAGAACAGAGGUCCAGUAGUUGAUUUCUUGGUGACUUUAGUGUUCUCUAGCCUGUGGCUGGUAAGCUCAAUUGCCUGGGCUAAAACUCUGUCUGGGGUGAAGACAGCCACUGAUGUGCAUCAAAUCCUGCUGUUAAUGUCUGCUUGCAGAGCCCAUGAGAACUUAUGUGAGGUCUUGCAGGAGCCCAUCUGGACGAAUCUCAACAUGUCUGUGGCCUUUGGUUUUUUGAACUUCUUCCUUUGGGCUGGUAAUAUCUGGUUUGCCUACAAAGAGACAGGUUUGCAUAAGUCCACUAAGCGUCAUCCCUCCAGAACUCCCUCUGAGAAACGCGACAGCUUCAGGCAGUACAGUCAAACCAGUUUUGAUCAAUCUGUAGCUGGUUUUGGCCAGAGGCUCUACAAUCAAGGGAGUUUUGACUUGUCAAGCGGAGGCUUCAGCCUACCCCAAACCAAUCUAGGACAGCCGAUGCUUUACCGACAGGUGGGGAGUCCCACAUCCAGAGGCCCUCUCAUAUUUGUUAAUGAGAUGUGAGAGAGAGUAUGAGUGUGGAGCACAGAAAGGAAAGAGAAGAGUUUUCUCAGUCAUAAUACAGAUAAUUUGCCUUUGUGGAUGUGAUAUUUCUAUCGUGAUGUAGAAGUUGUGACAUUUUUGUAGAUAUCAGUCUACAUACUGUUAUUUAUUUGUUUACUAAAUAAUUAAGUGCCAUUGAAUUGAAAGCUCUACCUUGU